ACUUCCGGCGGGAGGCGGACGUGGAGCGACAAACGCGAGCUGGUGGGUACGGUUGACGGAGGUCGCCUGGACCAGGGGCGCGGGCCGUAGAGGCGAGGCCGACCCUGGGCUCUACUGCCGCCUCGUCGCGCUCCCGAGACGCCGACCUACGUUGCAGGAUGGCUCGGGGCGAGCGGCGGCGGCGCGCGGCGCUGGCAGAGGGUACGCGGACCGCCGAGAGGGCGGCUCGGAGCGGCCCCGGGCGACGCGACGGCCGGGGCGGCGGGGCCCGUGGCGCGGCCGGGGGCGUGGCUCUGGCCGUCGUAGUCCUGUCUGUGGCCCUGGGCCUGUCGGGGCGCUGGGUGCUGAUAUGGCCCCGUGAGCGGCGGGCGGUCACGCUGCACUCCGCGCCUCCUGCACUGCCCCUCGACUCCUCCCGCCCCGCUGUGGCCCCGGACCUCUUCUGGGGAACCUACCGCCCUCACGUCUAUUUCGGCAUGAAGACUCGCAGCCCGAAGCCCCUCCUCACCGGACUGAUGUGGGCGCAGCAGGGUACCACCCCGGGGACCCCUAAGCUCAGGCACACGUGUGAGCAGGGGGACGGCGUGGGUCCCUAUGGCUGGGAGUUCCACGACGGUCUCUCCUUCGGGCGGCAACACAUCCAGGAUGGGGCCUUAAGGCUCACCACUGAGUUCGUCAAGAGGCCCGGGGGUCAGCACGGAGGGGACUGGAGCUGGAGAGUGACUGUAGAGCCUCAGGCCUCAGGUACCUCUGCCCUCUCUUUGGUCUCCCUGUUCUUCUAUGUGGUGACAGAUGGCAAGGAAGUCCUACAACCAGAGGUUGGGGCCAAGGGGCAGUUGAAGUUCAUCAGUGGGCAUACCAGUGAACUUGGUGACUUCCGCUUGAUGCUUCUGCCACCAACCAGUCCAGGGGAUACUGCCCCCAAGUAUGGCAGCUACAAUGUCUUCUGGUCCUCCAACCCAGGACUGCCACUGCUGACAGAGAUGGUAAAGAGUCGUCUAAACCACUGGUUUCAACAUCGGCCCCCUGGGGUCUCCCCUGAACGCUACCUCGGUUUGCCAGGAUCUCUGAAGUGGGAGGACAGAGACCCAAGUGGGCAAGGGCAGGGACAAGGGCAAUUCUUGAUACAGCAGGUGACACUGAAAGUCCCCUUUUCUGUGGAGUUUGUGUUUGAAUCAGGCAGUGCCCAGGCAAGAGGAAACCAAGCCCCAGGGCAGCUGGCAGGAAGCCUAUUGACCCAGGCCCUGGAGCGCCAUGCUGAAGCCUUUAGAAAGCGCUUUGAGAAGACCUUCCAACUGAAGGAAAAGGGCCUGAGCCCUGGAGAGCAGGUUUUGGGUCAGGCUGCCCUCAGUGGCCUUCUUGGUGGGAUUGGCUAUUUCUAUGGUCAGGGCCUGGUGUUGCCAGACUUGGGGAUGGAAGGGUCUGAGCAGAAGGUGGACCCAGCCCUCUUUCCACCUGUCCCGCUUUUCACAGCAGUGCCAUCCCGGUCCUUUUUUCCACGAGGCUUCCUUUGGGAUGAGGGCUUUCACCAGCUGGUGGUCCAGCGGUGGGAUCCCCACCUCACCCGGGAAACCCUAGGCCACUGGCUGGGGCUGCUUAAUGCUGAUGGCUGGAUUGGGCGGGAGCAAGUACUGGGGGAUGAGGCCCGAGCCCGGGUGCCUCCAGAAUUCCUGGUGCAACGGGCAGCCCACGCCAACCCCCCGACCCUGCUUUUGCCUGUAGCCCACAUGUUAGAGGGUGGUGACCCAGCUGACUUGGCCUUCCUCCAAAAGGCAUUCCCCCGUCUGCAUGCCUGGUUCUCCUGGCUCCAUCAGAGCCAGGCAGGCCCCGUGCCACUCUCUUACCGCUGGAGGGGACGAGACCCAGCUUUGCCAACCCUACUGAACCCCAAGACGCUGCCCUCAGGGCUGGAUGACUACCCUCGGGCUUCUCACCCUUCAGCCACUGAGCGGCACUUAGACCUGCGGUGCUGGGUGGCACUGGGCGCCCGUGUGCUGACACAGCUAGCAGAGCAGCUGGGAGAGGCUGAGGUGGCUGCCGAGCUGGGCCCGCUGGCCGCCUCACUAGAGGCCGAAGAGAGCCUGGAUGAACUGCAUUGGGCCCCAGAGCUAGGAACAUUUGCAGACUUUGGGAAUCACACAAAAGCAGUACAGCUGAAGCCCAGGCCCCCUCAGGGGCUAAUUAGGGUGGUGGGCCAGCCCCCACCUCGCUUGCAGCAUGUGGACGCCAUGGGCUAUGUCAGUCUUUUUCCUUUGCUCCUGCGGCUGCUAGACCCCAACUCAUCCCGCCUUGGGCCUCUGCUGGACAUUCUAGCUGACAGGCGUCAUCUCUGGAGCCCCUUUGGUUUGCGAUCCCUUGCAGCUUCCAGCCCGUUUUAUGGCCAGCGCAACUCAGAGCAUGACCCUCCCUACUGGAGGGGUGCUGUGUGGCUUAAUGUCAACUACCUGGCCCUGGGGGCACUCCAUCACUAUGGGCAUCUGGAGGGUCCCCAUCAGGCCCGGGCUGCCAGACUCCACAGUGAGCUUCGUGCCAAUGUGGUGGGCAAUGUAUGGCAGCAGUACCAGGCUACAGGUUUCCUGUGGGAGCAGUACAGUGACCAGGAUGGGCGGGGCAUGGGCUGCCGCCCGUUCCAGGGCUGGACCAGCCUUGUCUUACUGGCCAUGGCCGAAGACUACUGAAGGGAAAGACAUGAGGGGAGCCAGUCCACUUGUGCCACUCUGGCAAUCUGGAAGGACAAAGUCUGGCUUCUGCCCCCAGCCCCUCAAAUACCAAACCUUUCAUCUCAGGUGUCUCCUUACUGUCAUCCCAUACAGCCCUGGGGUGAAUGUGAAUUCAGAGUCUAUUUUUCUAAAUAAAUUGGAAAAAACAUAA